UGCAAUCUGGCAAGAGUAGUGGUGGCAGAGAUAAAGAAGAGUGGUGGUGUGGAGUUCUUUGUUUUUGUUGUAUGACUCUUAUAAUAAGAAUUAGUUUGCGAUAGUACGCGUUUAACAGAACAGAAGCAAAUUACUGACACAAAGCAAAAUUGUUGUAACCUGUCAGUAUUGGCUAGUGCAGUUAAAGUUCAGUGCCUGGUUCUGACAUUUUAGGUUUAUUUUGGUUGUAUUAAUGGCGUCUUAGCCGAUUCGUUGAAACACUCAGGUCUUUUGUAAAUUCAUAAGUGGACAAUCAUUGUUGAUUGUGAGCUAAAUGGCUAAUAAACUGUGUAGUGGUGCUCUUCGGGCUCUGGCAGUCGAAUACAAAAGUCUUCAGGAAGAACCUGUCGAAGGUUUCCGCGUUAAGCUAGUAAAUGAGGACAAUCUUUUUGAAUGGGAAGUUGCUAUUUUUGGACCACCGGACACUCUCUACAUGGGUGGUUGCUUCAAGGCCAGGAUGAAAUUCCCAAUAGACUACCCCUAUUCCCCUCCCUCCAUUAGGUUCCUUACGAAAGUGUGGCACCCUAAUGUGUACGAGAACGGGGACCUUUGCAUCAGCAUUCUGCACCCGCCCGUAGACGACCCGCAGUCGGGCGAGCUGCCUUGCGAGCGCUGGAACCCCACGCAAAACGUGCGCACCAUCCUGCUCAGCGUGAUCUCGCUGCUGAACGAGCCCAACACUUACAGUCCUGCGAACGUGGACGCCUCCGUGAUGUACAGACGCUGGCGGGACUCGAAGGGCCGCGACAAGGAGUACGAGAACAUCAUCAGGAAGCAGGCGAUGGCGGCGCGCGCCGAGGCGGAACGCGACGGCAUCCGGGUGCCUCUGACGCUCGAGGACUACUGCAUCAAGACGCACGUGAAGCCGGCCGCCAGCGACUCGCAGGUCGAGAUGACGGACUUUUACGACGACGACUACGACGACGACGACGACUACGACGACGACCUGUCGGCCGGCAGCGACUACGCCGACGAAGACCGCGACGCCGACGACAGCGGCAACGGCGAGUCGUGAUCCCUGCACACUUUUAGUCCGCAUGUAGAGUUUUAAAUUAAAAACGAAACGACAAAAAAAUCAACAAAAACAACUGAGUUCUCUGCCCAGCGCGGUAACCGCCCGCGGUCUUGCGAAAUUUGACGAACUUUUUCAGGAAAUAUCGGAAACUUCUUCGGGUUCAAUAUUUUUCCCCAUCACCAUCAUUCUUCACCAUAUCUUCAUCAUUUGAAACGACUAUUUUUUUUCUACACCAAAACUCCAAAAUAUGGUCCAAAACAUCGAAAAAAAACUCACUUAAAGUUUGAGCCCUUAAUUUUCAUUUUUUCAUUUUGAAUUUUUCCCAUUUAAAAGUCGUUUUUUUUUUACUUUUUUCGCAUACUUUUGAAAAUAUAAAGAGAAUGGAAAAUUUCCAAGGAAAAAGUUGUAUAAAAUUAAAUCUUCCACAAAAAGUCCUCACGUUUAUAUCGCUAAAGUUACAACAUAUGAGCAAUUAAUAUUUAAAAAAUUGUGUUUUAUUGAGAUUAAUAUGCCUUAAAUUCAAUUCCAUAACGUUAAAAAUGAAAAAAAUUGAUACCCAAUUAAUUUUCAUGGUUGUUAAUUAUGAAUUUUUGUUGUGUAAAAAAUUUAGGGUCACUUCUACACCGCUACAAAUAUCUCAAUAAAACACGAUUUUUAAAUAUAAAAUUGCUCAUAUCUUGUAAACUGUGCACUUAAACAAAAUAAACGUAAGGACUUUUUUUGAAGAAAAUUAAAAUUUCUACAACUUUUCUCCUGGAAUUUUUUCGGUGAUACAAGCCUUUCUCCUAAUAUUUUCAUAAAUAUGUAAAAAAUUUAAAAAAAGACAAACUUUGGGGUAAUUUUUUUUUCGAUGUUUUGAACAUUAUUUUGGAGUUUCGGUGAAAAAAAAUAGUCGUCAAAAUAACGAAAAAAUUCAGGCAACAUUUCAGACAUAUUUUUUGAUUAUUUCCCAUAUUUCCGUCAACCUUCGGAAAUUUCCAACGUACCGUGGUGUAUAUUUUUUUCUUUAUCCGGACAAGAGUACAUUUUCUAUAUAUUUUUGUUCACCGAUUCUAUAAAAAAAAUCAAUCAAUUUAUUUUAAAUGAUUUUAAGAGGAAGUUUUUAUUUUUAUCAACUUAUUUUUCAAAAAACUACAGUAAAUAUAAUCUUGUCCUCUUUUUUUAGUUUAACUUUUACGGUCUAACGAGUUUUUUUAGCUUUAGCUUAAUCCUAAAAGGACUAGGCCUAGCUAAAUAAUUUAAAUGGUAUAUUUCUCUUUUUUAAAUUUUUUUUAGAUUUGGUUAUUAUUUUAAAAUGUCGUUUUUCCUAAUUCAAAAAAAUAUAUUUAGAUGGUCUAGUAACUUACUUUUGGGUCAUUUUGGACAGUACCGUUAAAUUUUGAGUAAUUUUUAGACAGUUUUGUAUUAAAAUCACAAUAACAAGUUGUAUAAAAACUAUCUAAACAUCACCCUUCACAAUUUGAGUAAUUUUAGACAGUUUUAAUACAAUUUAUGUCAUUUUCUACAGUUCUAAUCCAGUAUGGGGUCAUUUUAGACAGUUAUUAUACAAUUUGGGUCAUUUUUAGACAUUUUAAUACAAUUUGGGUCAUCUUAGACAGUUCUACUACAGUGUGGGUCAUUUCAGACAGUUUUUAUACAAUUUGGGUCAUUUUCCAGUCAUUUUUAAUGCAGUUGGUAAUUUUAGACCGCUUAUACAAUUUUAAUAUAAUUUGGGUCAUUUUAGACAGUUCUAAUGCGGUGGUAAUUUAAACAAUUUGGUUAAUUUUUAGACGGUUUUAAUACAAUUUAUGUCAUUUUAGACAGUUCUAAUCCAGUGUAAGGUCAUUUUAGACAGUUAUUAUACAGUUUGAGUCAUUUUUAGACAGUUCUAAUACAGUUUGGGUCAUUUCAGACUGUUUUUAUACAAUUUGGGUCAUUUUAGACAAUUCUACAAAGUGUGGACUUUUUUAAACAGUUCCUUUACAAUUUGGGUCAAAUUUUAUAAAAACUGUCUAAAAAUGACACUACAAUUUGGGUCAUUUUAGACAGUUCUAAUGCAGUGGUAAUUUGAACAAUUUGGCUUAUUUUACAGUUUUAAUACAGCUUAGUUCAUUUUAGACAGUUCUUUGAUAAUUUUUAGACUCCUUAUAAUUUGGAUCAUUUUUUAGACAUUUUAAUACAAUUUGGUUCAUUUUGUAUUCUAAAUAAUAAUAAUAAUAAACAACUUUGUCCUAUUAAUUAUAUAAAAUCAAAAAAUUAAAAAUAAAGUUACCUACUUCUCCCUUUAAUCGAUUUUAUUUUCCCAAUUUUUGGACAACCUGUAGAUAAAACCAAUUUUUAUUUACUCAAUCCAGGGACACACUGUAUAUCCAAUUUUUUUUUAUCCCAGUACAUUACUAUUUUCCCUGGCUUCUAUAUAUUUUGUGACAUGGUUUAUAUUUAAACUUGCGAAUUAGGAAAAACGUUUUUAAAAAAAAAUAUUGUGGUCAAUACUUAUUAUUAAUUAAAUACGAAAAUGCCUCGAGAAAACUCUAUAUUCUGUAAAAAUCGUCAAAAUUUAAAAAACCGUGGCUGUAAGUGCAAAACGUUAGAAUAGCAUUAAAACUAAUAAAUGUUACAAUAACUAUUUGAAUUACCAGUAUGAAAUAAAUUAAAAACUAAAAAAACAAACAAAAUACAUUUCGCAAUAUUUUAUUAUUUUUAUUUCUAAAGUAAAAUUUAAGAAUAUAUCCUUUUUUAUUACUUUAUUUGAUGCAUAAGAUUUUUAUUUUUACAUCUUGAAUAGCCAAACAGAAAAUUCUCAUUAGAGGAAAUAUUUUUUUACGUACUAUAUAGAUUUAGUCUAGAUUUACUUUAAUUAAUUUUCAAAUACCAAAACAUUAUUUUUCGCAAUUAUAUAUCGUUUUAUUUGGGUCUCAUGUAUUUAAAACAAACAAAAAAAUUGUGUAAAUAUUUAUUAUUAUUAUUCCAUCUUCGUUCAAAAUUAAAAUAAACUGUAUAUAGUACUGAAUUUCUCAAGUUAAUAAUGAAUAAACUAUUAUUUAAAAGUAGAGCUAAGAUUAGGUUUAUCAAUUAGUUUAUCAUUGUACAUAUUUUAUAGAACUGUGUAUUAUUUAUUUAGACUACGAUUUUAAUAAAAAAUACAAGAUUUAUAAAUGUAAGGCAUGAUACUAGGAUUGUGAAGUUAAAUCCGUUAGGCAUGGCUUAAAACUGGAAGAACCUCUUUAAAACCAGUUUUAUUUUUGUUUUAAGCGUUUAUUUAGGUACAAUUUUUAGUGUGACUACCUUUAAAAACAAUUGUGUUAUUUUUAGUAAUUUUGCUAAUUUGCAGCAAUAAUUUACUAUUGUCUGGAAUUUUGUCAGGUUCUCAUAAAGAAUUGUGUGGAAUUAUUCCGUUUAAUAAAUGUUUUGCAAAUACCUAA